AUGCCGACCUCCUAUGCGGACAGCGGCGAGGCCAAGAGGCGGUCCGGCAAGGCGGCGCCGGACGCCACCAAGUGGGCCGCCGCGACUCGCUCCUUCUCGCGCCCACCCGCCGGCAGGUGGGGGCUGGCCAAUGGGAGCAGGACACCCAUCCGCAGCCGCGGCUCGAUGCGCGAUCUGAUGGACGCCGCGAUGAGUCCUGUCGCGGGAACGCCGGAGGCCGCCAGUCCGCGCGCCGGCGACGGCUCCGCUGCCGCGCUGGCGUCGCUCGCCAAGCCGUCGUCGUCGGGCGAUCUUUCGUCGCUGGGCGACGCGAACAGCGACAUUCCGUGGUGGUCCGUCGCUCUGCCGCUCGAAUCCUCGGGCGGUGCCGCGUCGCCGCUCUUCUCCCCGCUACUCUCGCCGUUGCCCGGCAAUUCCGGGUUGGGCGGCGACGGCUUCGCGUUGUACGGCGACUUGGGGCGGCUGGACGGCGAGUGGGACGGCGAGUGGGACAGCCCCGAGGGGCGCCGCCAGUCGGACGAGUCCGUCGCCGCUGCUGCGGACGACGACGCCGGCGACGCUGCUGUUGCUGACGUCACACAAGGUGCGCGAGGUGAUGGUGUGGGUGGGGUGGGAGCAGCGGCGUUAAAAGGGUGGGGCGACGACGCUCUCAGUAGCCGCGGCACUGACGCCCAUGUCGCUGCUGCCAGUGCUGCCAGCGCUAUCAGCGGUGCGAGCGGUGCCGGCAGCGGGAUUAGCGGCGGUGGUGUGGCACGCAGCAGCAGCGCGUGGGACGGGUGCGGCAACGACGUGAGCAGCAGCAGGUUGAUGGCGGGUAGGGGCAGUGGCGUGGGGGCGGACAUGCCAUCGCAGGCCAGUGGCGGCGAGGGCAGCGCGGGAGGGCGCGCGGAGGAGCACGCGGAGGCUGCUUGCCCUCGCGGGCCUGCUGCGGGGCAGGCAGGGCUGGCGGAGACGCGGCAGGUGGAGGGCUCAACAGUGGAGCAGCCAGGCUCGGAGAAGCCAGGCUCGGAGAAGCCCGUGCUGAUAGAAGCGGUGAGAGUAGGCAGGGGGACGCGCGGGGGUGAGGGGGAGCAGGUGGGCAGCGAGGCGAGUGGCGAGGCGGGUGCAGCAGGGCUGCAGAGGCGUUACCCCAGCUUCCGCGUGCGCGGCCAUGCGCCCCACGGCAGCGGGCAGGACAGCGAGCGGCUGGCGGCACCCGCCGUGCCCGCGCUGGAGGCUGCUGCUGGGCCGGGCGGUGCGGCAGCGCAGGGGGGAAGGCAGGGCGCGGGGAGGGGGCAGAAGGAAAGGGGGCAGAGCAGCGCAGGCGUGCUGCAGCUGUGGUCGCCUGGCAGCUCGCCCUCUGACGCCUCCCCCUCCGCCCUCGCUGGCUCUGCCGCCGUGGCAGCAGCAGCAGAAGAAGCAGAAGCAGCUGUGCAUGCGGCGGACAGUGGCAGUGGCAGCGGUGAUGCCAUGGACAGUGCGGGAGCGUGGCGGCCCACAGCACAUGUGGACGGCUCACCUCUCCCCGCAGGUGCCCUAUCAGUGGCGGCAGCAGCAGAGGCGAGGCCCAAGCGCCGCCACCCCAAGGCACCCGCAGCAGCAGCGGUGGCGGCAGCGGCAGGGAGGGCGUCAGCAGCGUCCCCGCGGGGCGCGUGGCGCAGCGCGGAGGCGAGGAGCAGCCGGCGCCGGCGCAGGGCGCAGCAGCGGCAGGCGGGUGGGCGUGGGGCGAGCGGGUCGUCGGGCGAGUGGGAUGACGACUUCUGGGGCGUGGGGCCGAUUGAGGGGCGCGUGGAGGGGCACACAGGGGCGGACGGGGUCCAGGGGGGCGUGGGGGGAACACCUCAGGGGGUGGUGGCGCUGUGUGCGAGCAGUGCUGCUGCUGCUGCUGCUGGUGCUGCUGUUGUUCAUACAGGCAGUGAUGUGGUGUGGGGGAAGGGCGGGCGUGCCACUGUGGGGGUAGCAGUGGAUGCAGUGAGUGGGAUGGCGGAGUGCAGAGGCGUGGAGGUGCGGCAGGGAGGGAGCGGCGAGGAGACAGCACGGCCCCUGGCAGCUGAUGCUGCUGGCGCACCGCCACACAAGGCUCAGCAGCCGACGCCCUCUGCUGCACGCACGCCGUCUCGCUUCGCAUCCCUCAGGCAGCGCUGGGAGCACGGCGGCGCCGCUGCUGGUGCUGGUGGCGGGGGCAGUGAUGGCAGCGCUGGGGAUGGCAGCGCUGGGGAUGGCAGCGCUGGGGAUGGCAGCGGUGGGGAUGGCGAGGGCCACGUGUGGCGGCAGCAGCAGGGUGAUGAUGGUGGUGGUGGUGGUGGCGCGGAUGGCAACGGUGGUGGUGGUGGUGGUGUGGCGAGUGGUGGCGGUGCAGGGGGGACAUCAGCGGAGUGUGUGGUGCACCUCAUCGGCACGGCCCACGUCUCCAAGGAGUCGUGCAACGAGGUGCGGCGAAUCAUCCGCCAGGUCAAACCGGAGGUGGUGUUCCUGGAGGUGUGCUCCGACCGCGUCGCCAUGCUCAUGCCCAUGGACCACAUGCAGGUGCCAUCGCUGCAGGAGCUCAUCACGGUGUGGCGCAGCAACAAGUCCAACGCCUUCGCCGUGAUCUACGGCUACCUGCUGGCCAAGGUGGCAGCGCGCAUGGAGGUGUGCCCUGGGGCAGAGUUCCGCGCCGCCUACGAGGAGGCCGUGGCGUGUGGCGCCGUCGUCAAACUCGGUGACCGCCCCGUGCAGGUGACGUUGAGGCGCACGUGGGCGAUGAUGAGCCGGUGGCACCGAGUGAAGCUGGUGGCGCUGCUGCUGCUGCAGGCGCUCUGGCUGCCCUCCAAGGCCGAACUCGACCAUCUCGUGGAGGAGCUCAAGUCAUCGGACCUGCUGUCGGUCGCCGUGGCGGAGAUGGGACGCGCCUUCCCCUCGCUGCUGCACACCCUCAUCCACGAGCGCGACCUGUACAUGGCAUGCAUGCUGCGGCACGUGGCGAAGAGGAGCUCACGCGUGGUGGCAGUGGUGGGCAAGGGGCAUGUGGAGGGCAUCACUGCCCACUGGACGUGCACCGACAUUGAU